AUGGCAGAAAGAAUACAGUUGAGCAUGGAAAGAAUGAUAUUGGAGCUCGAGGACUACAAAAACAGAGGAAUAUUUUCUUCACACGAGCUUAGAAAAAUCGUAGAAACACGAAAGAAGCACGAGCUUCGGCUCCAACGGUCAGAAAAAAAAUUGCUUGAUUUUGUGCGAUACAUAAAAAGUGAAUGCAUGCUAGAGAAGAUAAGAGAUAAGAGAAUGAGUGAAAAGAAUGCAAACGCAUCACUUUAUGACACAAGCAUUUCAAAGAAAAUCGUGGAACUGUACAGAAGUGCAUUGUACAGAUUCAACGAUCCAAAGAUCAUCUCGCAGUUUACUGCAUACGUAAUCGAGAAGAAGAUGCACUGUGAAAUGAAGAAUGUGUUUGCAGAGUGUUGUUCAAGAACUCCUCUAGAUGCAGAGCUCUGGAUAUACUGCGCAAUGAAGCUGUUUAGCGUGGGUGAUCUCGAAGGUUCAAGGGCAAUGCUUCUGAAAGCAAUCAGGAUGAACAACAAGAACUCAAGAAUCAGAAUAGAGUUUUUCAGAAUGGAGGUGACUAACAUAGCAAAAAUCCAAACAGCAAACAAAGAAAUAGGAUUCGAGGAUGAUGAAAAAGACGAUGUUGAAAGAGAUGAACUGGCACUUGCAGUCUUUCAGGAUUGUGUGGAUAGUGCAUUUUUCACUGCCAACGAACUCCAAGAAUUGCUAAAUAUAUCACAAAAUGUUGAAGGUCUUCAUCACAAAGCACAAAAACUCAUCACGCAAUGCGAAUGA